AUGGAGGAGGAGAAAACGGAGGCAGAGCUGAUGGAGAAUUAUGCUGCCAGUCAGCUAUUGUCAGCGCAGAUGUUCACAAGCACGGGUGCAGCCCCGAGGCCAUCUGUGGCCUUCCAGCGCCCAGAGGCAGGAGCGGAGCUGGCACCUCCGGGCUCUGCCCCUGACAGCCAGAAGCCACGGAGCCCACCGCAGUUCAUGCAGACCGUCCUGUACCGCCGCAGCCCACCUUGGCCACCUCGCCCUCUCCGGGUCCCAGACACGAGAGAGGAGCAGACCUGUGUCCACCAACACCAUGUUUCCAGGUCUGUGUCUCCCACUACGACAUCUCAGAUACAAGCCAGGAAGAAGCGGAGAGGGAUCAUUGAGAAGCGGCGCCGUGACCGUAUCAACAGCAGCCUCUCCGAACUGCGGCGCCUGGUGCCCACCGCCUUCGAGAAGCAGGGGUCUUCCAAGCUGGAGAAGGCAGAAAUUCUACAAAUGACAGUAGAUCACUUAAAAAUGCUUCACGCCACUGGAGGAACAGGCUUCUUAGAUGCUCGAGCUCUGGCUGUGGAUUACAGGAGUAUCGGCUUCCGUGAAUGUCUCACUGAAGUUGUCAGGUACCUGGGCAUCCUUGAGGGCCAAAAUGCCGCCGACCCCAUCCGGCUGCGACUCCUCUCCCACCUGAAUAAUUACGUGGCAGAAAUGGAGCCUUCGCCUGUGGCCACUUCCCUCCUGCCCAUCCAGACGUGGCCAUGGUCCUUCCUCCACAGCGCUGCUGGCCCCAUGCAAAUCCCCAGGAGGGAGGCUGCUCCCACUCCGGUUGUUUUGACUGCAUCUUCCCUGGCUUACCCAAGCCCCGCUGUGAGGCCAGCCCCGCUUCGCCGUGUCCCCACCGACAUGCUGCCAUCCCGCCGAAGCUUCCUGGCCAGCAGGAUGGCCUCUUCCAGCCGGAGAGCCCGAGGCACCAGCUCGUCUGCAGCCGUAGCAGCCGUGCCCAGGAUGCCGUCGCCAGCGGGCGUGUUGAGAGAGGGUUCGUCCAAGAGCAGCCAAAUCGCGACGUUCCUCUUCUCACCAGCUUCUGCUGGUGUCCCUGUUCCACCGGCUUACACGGUGCCUCCUGCCUUGGGCACUGCUGCGCAGGGACCCGGGAUCAGGGUUGGGACAUCCAGGAUCUGCCGCUCCUGGGCAACUGAAAUCGGGGCUUUCUGA